UCGCAAAUUAUCUCCCUUGAGAAUGAAACAUGGCUGCCUCCAUGGUCCGGUGCUGGAUCUCUUCAAACAAUUCCAAACUCGUCAAACGUUUGGUUUUGUGUGGUAGAAAUGGAAAUUGCAAUAGGAGUUAUUCAGCUACACAAACUCCUAAAGAUACAACGGACGAUAUCCACGCAGAGAACACAACAGAAGAUGGUUAUUUAGAGGACGCCUCCGUUGAAGACUGGUCACUGGAUCCAGAGGACGAUGUGACCCGCAUCAGAGACGUAUCUCGACUAGGCCCCAGAUUGAAACAGCGGCUUAGGAAAGAACGACCUUCCAUUGACAGGGAUUUUAAGCUAACCAAAGAUUACAGUAGAAAACUAUAUGGUAAAAUGGGUAGUGCUUCUGGUGUAAAUCCACAAAUUCUUUGGCCAAAUUUGGAUGAAUUGAGAGACAGAAUAGAAUUCGAAAAACGAUUUGAACCAACCUUUGAAGCUAAUAUGAAAAAGAUACAGAAGUGGGACGAAAGACGAGAGAAAAAGUUGCAGGCUAGGUUACAGAAUGUUGAGAAGGCCAUGGCUAAAAUGCCUAAUCUCAUAAAGCAGUACCACUUGAAGCUUGAGACAGCAAAGAAGCAGGCCGAUGCAGAACAAGAAAAACUUGAUCAAUUGAAUCGUGAAGCUACAGAGAUAUAUGGUCCAAUGAAAAGGACUGAUUAUCGUCUAAAAGACUAUAUCUCCACUAGACUGAAAGAGGAAAGGAGGGCAGAAAAACAGGCAAAGAUGGAGGAAAGGCAGUUAAAGAAACAACAGAAAGCAUCUAAAGAAAAAGCUGAGGAAGGAAAAGCUACAGAAGAAAUAAAAUCUGCAGAAGAAAAAGUAGCUGAGGGAAUGUAAUGUCUGAGGUGUAACAGUAGUAGGAGAGUAUUAUAUAAAACAGUGUGUGUAUUGUGUGCGAGGAUGAGUGUGACAAUCCAGGAAAUAGCAUCCUACCAGGUUGCUCUAUAAAACUAAAAUAAAAUAUAUAUGAUUCUUGUCA